UCUUCAUGAUUUAUGAGACGAGGUUGGCGCCUGGUACAACAGCACUGAUGAGUUCUGUUUUUGCUUCUUUCUUUUAUUCAUGGAGUAGACCUAUGGAAAAGGGUCAUGAGUUCCCCCUCCGGCCGCAGGCGGCACUGUGACGUCAGCGCCGGCUGGUGACGCGGUCCCUCAGAAGAAGCCGCGGCCGCAGGAAGAAGAGCCAGUCUGGGAACAUGGCGCUGCUCGCGGAGGCUUCCACCGGGCAGCAGUUCGAGGAGUUUCUGAGCGCCGCGGGGAACCGGCUGGCCGUGGUCCACUUCCAGGCCGCCUGGGCGCCGCAGUGCGGACACAUGAACGAGGUGCUGGCGGAGCUGGCGCGCGAGACGCCGCAGGCCGCCUUCCUGCGGCUGGAGGCCGAGGCGCUGCCCGAGGUGUCGGAGCGCUACCAGGUCUCCUCCGUGCCCACCUUCGUCUUCUUCCGGGCCGGGCGGCCGGUGGACCGGCUGGACGGGGCGCACGCCCCGGAGCUCACCAAGAAGCUGCGGCGGCUGGCGGAGAGCGGCGGGGAGGCCCCCCCCGGGGCCCCCGGAGCCCCCGCGGCCCCCGCCCCGGACCUGGAGCAGCGGCUGAAGAAGCUGAUCCGCGCCGCGCCCGUCAUGCUCUUCAUGAAGGGGGCCCCGCAGGAGCCGCGCUGCGGCUUCAGCCGCCAGAUGGUGGCGCUGCUGCGGGAGAGCAACAUCCGGUUCAGCAGCUUUGACAUCCUGUCCGACGACGAGGUCCGCCAGGGCCUCAAGACCUUCUCCAACUGGCCCACCUACCCCCAGCUGUACGUCAACGGGGAGCUGGUGGGGGGGCUGGACAUCGUCAAGGAGCUGGCCCAGUCCGGGGAGCUGGAGUCCACCUGCAGCCAGACCCAGGACCAGGACCAGACCCAGACCCUGGAGCAACGGCUCAAGACCCUGGUGGCCCGCAGCCCCGUCAUGCUCUUCAUGAAGGGCAGCAGGGAGGGGGGGGCCCGCUGCGGCUUCAGCAGGCAGAUCCUGGACCUGCUCAACCGGACCGGGGUGGACUACGACACCUUCGACAUCCUGUCCGACGAGGAGGUCCGCCAGGGCCUCAAGACCUUCUCCAACUGGCCCACCUACCCCCAGCUCUACGUCAAGGGGGAGCUGGUGGGGGGGCUGGACAUCGUCAAGGAGCUGGAGGACAGCGGGGACCUCGUCUCCGUCCUGAGGGGGGAGUCGUAGGAGGGGGAGCACCUGGUCUCAGUCCUGAGGGGGCCUGGUCUCCUGUGGGGAGAGAAGUGAGGGAACCCGAAGGAGACCAGCAGGACCAACUGGUCCCCCUCCAGCCUGUGACGAGACACUGCAGGGUUCUCCAGGAC